CUGGUCUUUGGGCUGAUUGACACAUACGUAGUAUCUCUAACUAGUCUGUGAUUGACACUGUUUCGGUUUCGUGGGCACGUAAAAUGUGCGUUCUGCUUCAUUCAUAAAAAUAAAUAAUAAAUUGUUUAUACAGUAAUUUAAACUAAUUUUAGCAAAAUAAAGUAUUUAUGUGGUCUUCUCUUCAAACUAUUUGAGGUGCGUGGCAUUUGCAGCUUGAUAAACUAUAGGUUCGGAUUUAAAAUAAGAGUUCAAUUGCUGAAAUUCGUAAUAUUAUGCAACUACAACGAAUUUAUCUUUAUCUGUCCAGCCAUAAACCGUAAAUUCAAAAUUUAUACGGCACGUAUAUAUAAUACGUAGGUGUUUUACAUUUUUAUCACAUUAAAACCUACCUUGUUGUGGUGACAUGCUGAACAGAAGAAGCAAGAUAGAAGUUUAUGAGUAAAGUCGUAAAGGACUUAAAUUUCGGUACGAUUUCUAUAUAAAAUGGAUUCAAAGGUUACACUACAAGGAACAAAUCCCAGUGAGAAAGCCAACAUAUUCUCUAAUAUCUUCUUAACAUGGAGUUUCAGCCUUUUCCGUCGAGGUUACAAACAGGCUAUAAAGAUCGAGGAUCUCUGGCCGGCCCGAGAGAGCGACCACUCGGGCCGCUUGGGUGACCGGCUAGAAGAAGCCUGGCGACAUGAGCAACAAAAGUGUCGUAGGAGUGGUGGCAAACCAUCAUUGUCACGCGCUAUCAUCAGCGCCUUUUGGGUCGAGUACUUAUUAUGCGGUAUAUUCGUAGGACUACUCUACAUCAUAUUAUGGCCGCUUAUACCAUACACUUUAUCGUUAUUUAUUGCUUACUUCUCCGGUGAGAAAAAUGCCGAAACCUAUAAGUACGCACAUAUAUUCAAUUUCGCUAUGAAUUUCCUUUCUGCAUUAACAUCGAUAAUGGGCAGUCACAUAAAUUUAGCACAAGGACGUAUUGGCAUGAGAGUCAGAAUAGCAUGCUGCUCGCUUUUAUACAGAAAGAUCUUGAAACUUGAUCACGUCGGCAUGAGCAAAACUGAAACUGGUCAAGUCAUAAACCUGAUGUCGAACGAUGUCAACCGUUUCGAUAUGGUGGCGUUAUUCCUCAACUACCUGUGGGUGAUGCCAAUAGUGGUGCCAGUCGUGUCAUAUUUAGUUUGGCAACACGUUACAUACGCAGUAUUCGCUGCCUUAAUUGUUAUUUUCAUCCAAGUAGUAUUGGUGCAAGUGUACCUCAGCAAUCUCCAGGGUAUAUACAGAGGAAAAAUAGCAAAACGUACCGAUGAGAGGGUGAGAGUCAUGAGCGAACUUGUUAGUGGGGUCCAAGUAAUCAAGAUGUACGCAUGGGAAAAACCAUUUGAAAAAAUCGUCGACAGAUUGCGAAGGCUUGAAGUGAAAUUCAUUCGCCGGACGUCUAUGGUCAAGGGGUUCUCCACAGCCUUGAUGGUGUUUACGGAGAGAUUCAUUCUUUAUGCCACGCUCGUAACUUUCUUGGUGAUGGGUGGUCAGAUCAGGGCAGAAAUUACCUUCUCCCUCGCCCAGUACUUCAACUUGUUGCAAUUGGCGUGCAACAUAUUUUUCCCUAUGGCAAUGUCCUUCUUAGCCGAAACCAAAGUUUCCAUCAGACGAAUUGAGGAGUUCUUAAAUUUAGAUGAAAAAGAUUCGGAGAAAGAAAAAGAAGCAAAUUCACUUAUAAAGAAUUCACUCAACGGUCUAUCUCUGAAUGGACUAACAGAAAAAGAAAAAGAACUUCAAAAAGGAAAGCUUAAGCCUACGGCACUUGUGCUGGCUAAUGUGAGCGCUAGCUGGCAACCCGACGCUAUUGUUAACAAUUUAAGGAAUCUUAACCUUACUAUUCAGCCUGGUGAAUUCAUAGGAAUAGCUGGACUUGUAGGAGCCGGAAAAUCGUCUUUGUUACACCUCAUUUUGGGUGAAUUGCCGCCGACAGAGGGUGUUAUUUCACUGGGAGGCGCUCGUAUAUCGUAUGCAAGUCAAGAACCCUGGUUGUUUGUAGCUACAGUUAGACAAAAUAUACUAUUUGGUUUGCCAUAUGAUCCUGUACGUUAUAAAAAGGUGGUCACUGCAUGUGCCCUUCUUCGGGAUUUCGAACUGCUGCCUCAUGGAGAUUCCACCCUAGUAGGUGAGAGAGGAACAAGUCUUAGUGGUGGACAGCGAGCUCGUGUUGGAUUGGCUCGCGCUUGCUACAGACAGGCUGACGUCUACUUAUUGGACGAUCCGUUGUCUGCAGUGGACACGCACGUAGGCAAGGAGCUGGUCUCCAAGUGCGUGCUGGGUCUGCUGAGACACUCCACACGUAUUCUCGUCACUCAUCAGCUCCACCACCUCAAAUCCGCUGAUAGGGUCGUCAUACUCCAUAAAGGACAAAUUGAAAAGGAAGGUACCUUCGAGGAAGUGUCUACGUCAGCUUUGUUCGAAGAACUGUUGGAGGAGGAAGCGCCUACGGAGGAGAGUGGCCGCCCUCAGGUGCAGCGGCAGAGAACAAUGUCCAUCCAGUCUCAUACGAGUGUCUCUACUGUAAACGAAACAGGAUUUGGUGAAGAAGAACAUGAAAUAGAAGACGAAGAAAUGAUUGGAAAAGGUCGCGUGUCUGGAGCUGUGUACCGGAAAUACUUCCGCGCCGGUGGUAACUGGUGGCUGCUCGCGCUGACCAUCGUGUCCAUCGUCAUAGCACAGGUGGUCACCUCCGCUGGAGAUCUGUGGCUCACUCAUUGGAUGAACCAGGUUGAGGCUUAUAAUAAACCUGGAGCAGUAGAAGCGCGAGAGGACUUGAACUCGACCCAAUUCGACAAUAUAACUGACGCUAUAACAACCACUGUUAUGCCGGAAACGACGACUACAAAUGUAACAGACACCGUGAUAGGUACAAUACUGAAAACGGCAAAGACAAUACAGGAGUUUGCACCAUUUGCUGAAGACAAUGAUAAUUCAUUCUACGUUUACAUAUGGACUGUUGCGAUCGUUGGAUGCAUUAUUCUUACUACAUGGAGGUCGAUCCUUUUCUUAUGGGUGUGCAUGCGCAGCUCUAUAAAGCUACACAAUAAAAUGUUCAGCAACAUACUCGGCGCCACUAUGAGGUUCUUCGAUACCAACGCCUCCGGUCGAAUCCUGAAUAGAUUCUCAAAGGACAUGGGUGUAGUUGACGAAAUUCUACCAAGAAUGUAUUUGGACAGUAUUCAAAUAUGCUUUGUGAUGUUGGGUAUAUUGAUUAUGGUGGCUAUCGUGAACCCGUUAAUGUUGGUGACAACUGGUUUUUGUGCUAUUAUCAUGUACUUCUGGACUGUCAUCUACCUCUCAACGGCACAAUCUAUUAAAAGGGUUGAAGGCACGUCCCGCAGUCCUGUAUUCUCCCACGUGUCGGCCAGUAUAGCGGGCCUGGUGUCGGUUCGAGCGUACGGUGCACAAGAAAUACUUGCCAAACAAUUUGACGAUAAACAAGACGUUCACACCGCUGCUUGGUACUUGACUCUGAUCUCGAAUACAUCUUUCUCGAUUUGGUUGAAUCUCAUAUGCAAUGUGUAUGUGAUUGUAGUUUCAUACACAUUUUUAUUUAUGGAUGACGGUAAAACACGAUCGGGCAACGUGGGUUUGGCCCUCAGUCAGGCUUUGAUUCUCGUCAACAUGGUCGGCUAUGGCGUGAAACAGGCCACAGAAGUGAUAUCGCAGAUGACCAGCGUAGAGCGCGUGAUUCAGUUCACGUCGUUGCCUCAAGAGCAACAUGACGGACCGUCACCGCCUAAAGGAUGGCCGGAGCGCGCCAAACUCGUGUUCGAGGACCUGAAGCUGCGAUACGACGCCGACUCGGAACCAGUGCUGAAGGACCUGAACAUCGUCAUCGAAAGUGGUUGGAAGGUAGGUGUUGUCGGUCGUACGGGAGCUGGCAAAUCAUCACUUAUAUCAGCUUUGUUCCGGUUGGCGCCCAUCGAAGGUCACGUAUACAUCGAUGACGUCGAAACUGGGUCAAUCGCCCUGAAGGAACUAAGAUCUAAAAUAGCAAUUAUUCCUCAAGAGCCAGUCCUGUUCUCAGCCAGUUUGCGCUACAAUAUGGAUCCGUUUGACAAAUACACAGAUGCAGAUAUUUGGAACGCUAUAGAGCAGGUGGAACUGAAAGGCAGCGUAACGUCUCUAUCGAUGGCGGUGGCGGCGGGCGGGAGCAACUUCAGCGCGGGCCAGCGGCAGCUGCUGUGCCUAGCGCGCGCCGCCCUCGCACGCAAUCGCCUGCUCGUGCUCGACGAGGCCACCGCCAACGUGGACCCCAACACCGACGCAUUGAUUCAGAAGUCCAUACGUAAACACUUCGCGGAUUGCACAGUUCUCACCGUGGCGCAUCGUCUGCACACAGUGGCCGACUCUGACAGAGUUGUCGUAAUGGAUGCAGGCCGCAUAGUGGAGUGUGGGCAUCCUCACGAUCUCCUUCAAAUACCUGAAGGUCAGUUCUCUCGAAUGGUCGAACAACUGGGGCCCGCCGCGGGACAAAGUCUAAGGGAAGCGGCUGCGCGGGCGCACGCUGAGCAUAUCAAGUACGUAGACGACGACACCAACCAAAUACGAACAUUCAGUACACAGUAACUAUCUGCAUAAACUACCAAGAUAUGAAGAAUAGGAAGAAGCUCAUGCUUGUUUUAUACUUUUUACCAUAUUGGUUUAUAAUACUUUUACUAUUAAAUAAUGGAAAUCGAAUUUAUCGUAUAAGAAGAACCAGUGCCGCGUCACAAACUUAGUUAUAAUGCCUUUAUAUAUAUAUAUAUAUAUGGCUAUUUGUAAAUUGACAGCAGGCUCUUUCUAAUUCUAUCCUGUAAAGGAUCGUUAAAUUGCGUUAAGCACUCGGAGUGCUUACUAUCCCAGGGUCCAUACAUGAAGGGUCCGCUUCCCUCUGGACACGGUGCAGAUACUUUCCGAAGCAUCCGUGCCCGGAAAGGACCUGCACCAAUCGAAAGUCCACCCUCCCUCCCUCUGUCCACCUAUCAAAGUUCGUACUUGGGCCUCUGCUUUCAAGUUGAGUAAUAGCAAAUAGCCAUGUAAAGGGAGUUAAUAUGUGUUUAAUAAUAUGUAGAGUUAAUAUGAACCGCACAGAGUUUGAAUACUUAAAAUUAAUGUACUUAAAACUAUAUUUGUUGUAGGCGUUGGUAACCUGUUGGUCUUUUUGUACCAACCAUAAGACGGCCAACCUGAUAAUCGGAAAUGUUUUAAAUGUACCCAGUUAUUUAUAUUUACAUAUAUUCUUACUUGUGGUUUUAUUAUUUAUUGUAAACCGUGCUGAUGCCUGUUUUAUAACUUUUACCGUAUUGGAUUAUAAUAGUUAUACUAUAAAAUAAUAGGAAAAAAAUAAAAUCGAAC